AUGAAUCGCCUGGAUGACAUCCUGAGGCUGGUGGACAGUGACUCGUCCCUGAUCAAGGACAGUAAGUGGGUGGUGCAGAAGUACCUGGAGCGCCCCCUGUUGGUCCACAGGGUUUGACCUGCGCCAGUGGUUCCUGGUCACAGACUGGAACCCCCUGACCGUGUAGUUCUACCACGAGUGCUACAUGCGUUUCUCCACCCAACCCUACUCCACACUGACCCUGGACAGGUAGGAGAGAACAGGGGAGGGGGAUGGGAGGGGAGGGGGAGGGGGAGGAGUGUGCGAGGUGGAGUGGAGAGAGAAUAAAGGAGGGAGUGGAGUGGAAGGCAUGAUAAAGAGAGAGAACUUGCUUAUUCACUUGUUCCACAUCAGUCUUCCUUAGGAAAUCUACAGGCAGUUUGGAGAAGAACUGAGCAAAAAUAGUAAUAGUUAAUUCUGUCCUUCUCUCUCUUUCUCGCUCUGCCUUCCUCCCUCCCUCUGUCAGCUCAGUCCACCUGUGCAACAACUCCAUCCAGAAGCACAUCCAGCCGUCUCAAUGGCGCCACCCGGAGGUGCCCGAGGACAACAUGUGGUCAUGCUCCCAGUUCCAGGCCUUCCUGCGUGCCCAGGGCCGGGGGGCGGCAUGGGGGGGCGCUGGUGGUGCCCGGGAUGCAGCGGGCGGUGGUCCACGCCCUCCAGAUAGCCCAGGACCUGGUGGAGGGGCGCAUUGGCAGCUUUGAGCUCUACGGGGUAGACUUCAUGCUGGUUUGGGACCUAAGGCCCUGGCUACUGGAGAUCAAUGCCAGCCCCACCAUGGCUCCCUCCACGGCCGUCACCGCCCGCCUCUGCCCUGCUGUGCAGCUGGAUACCCUCAGGGUGGUGCUGGACCGACGGGUGGACCCUGGUGCCUAUACAGGGGGCUUUCAGCUCAUCUACAAGCAGGUAAGCACAGGGAUAUACACUGAGUAUACAAAACAUUAAGGACACCUGCUCUUUCCAUGACAUAGACUAACCAGGUGAUUCCAGGUGAAAAAUAUGAUCCCCUAUUGAUGUCACUUGUUAAAUCCACUUCAAUCAGUGUAGAUGAAGGGGAGGAGAAAGAUUAAAUAAGGAUUUUUAAGCCUUGAGACAAAUGAGACAUGGAUUGUGUGUCUGUGCCAUUCAGAGGGUGAAUGGGCAAGACAAAGUAUUUAAGUACCUUUGAACGGGGGUAUGGUAGUAGGUGUCAGGCGCACCGGUUUUGUGUCAAGAACUGCAACGCUGCUGGAUUUUUCACUCUCAACAGUUUCCCAUGUGUAUUGGGGGAGGGUGCGCAACUCAAUAUUAGGAAGGUGUUCUUAAUGUUUUGUACACUCAGUGGACGUAUGCAUAGACAGACAUACAUGCAGAUCCUUGUGCAUUUUGCACUCAUGCAGACACACAAUUAAUGAAUUGAUGAUCAUAUAUUAUGAGUUUAUGCAAAGCAUUACCAGGUAUUAUACAGCACGAAUAAUGCCCAGUCAGGAGUGUGUGAAUGUAUCUCUCUUCCUUCUUCUCCCAGGCUGCAGUUGAAGUCCCUCAGUACAUGGGGGUAAAUCUGCUGGUGGGGGGAGCCCCCAUAAGACAAACUCGACCGCCCCUUCACAGAAUCCCUGUCAUCCCAGAACCCCCUCUCACCACACACACUCACACCAACCAUUCGCCCUCAGAGGCAGAGGACAAACCCUCCAAACCCUCCAUUCAUAGACCAUCCCCAUGCCGCCGCCCCUCGGGCAAAGAGAACCAAUCAAGGGGGUACGAAAAUAGGCAGUCGCCCACAGGGUCCCCCAAAAGAGAUGAGGGUAGAGCUCUGGGGUGCCAGCACACCUCCUCUGCUAUGAGAUCGUCUCGGCACCUCCUGUGGCACAUUAGGGGGGACUUCCACCCCUCUCACCCGAAACCCCAUCCCAUCCCAGGACCCCGCAUCGCCCGGCCCUUCCUCCCCAGUCUUCGCUAG